AUGGCCGGCUUCCGCUAUAAAAAUCCUGUCGAUUGCAACGUGGACUUUGAUGCCUCAAGUGUGAAAGGCAAGACUGCCAUUGUCACUGGUGGCGCAAAUGGAAUUGGAGAGGCAUAUGUACGAGCUCUCGUUGCAGCAGGAUCGACAGUGGUAAUCGGCGAUCGUGAUGUUGAAAGAGGGAAAAUGCUCGAAGAAGAGUUGACAGGAGUGAAGUUCAUCGCAUGCGAUACCACAAUCUGGGAAGACCAAGUCCAGCUAUUCCGAACCGCAGCUUCGUUCUCCCCGACUGGCAAGAUCUCCUACGUCGUCGCAAAUGCUGGCAUUCAUCGCAAGGACGAAGUCUUCGCAUAUGACGGCGAUGAUAAAUUGCCCCAGAAGCCUGACCUCGCCACCAUUGACGUGAAUCUCAUCGGGACCCUAUAUACGGCGAAGCUUGCGUCGCAUUAUUUCAUUAAACAGAACGGACAACAGCAGUCCACGACACAGGAAGACACCUGUUUGAUCUUGAUAGGAUCCGGGGCGGCCUUUUUGGACUGUCCUCGAGGUCCUCAGUAUUGCGCUACGAAAUGGGCUAUGCGAGGUAUCAUGCAUUCUUUGCGGAGGACGGCUUUCUAUUACGGAAGUCGUGUGAAUGUCAUUUCGCCAUGGUAUAUCAAGACGAAUAUCCUCUCUGAUGAGGCGUUUGCGCACGUCACGAGUGUAGGUGUUGAAUUCGCGGAAGCCUCUGAGGCUGGAGAAUGUCUAUUGAGGAUCCUCAGCGAUAGUACGAUCAACGGUCGCUCCUUCUUUGUUUCUGGCAAGAAAUGGUCAUCGAGGGGAUAUCUUGAUCUAGAUUUUGAUGAUUAUGAGGAGGGUUCGUUGAUUGAGGAAAUUCAAAAGGAUCAGGUCAAGUCGGCUCCUGUUGAACUGGGGCUGUUUGUUUAA